AGUCCACACCUGCGAGACCAGAUUUGAGAAGAGGAGGCAGGAGUUCAAAGCCAACCUCAAAUACAUAGCAAGUCCAAAGCAAGCCUGAGUUACGUGACAAUCUGACCCAACCACCCACCAUGCAGACACAAACAUAAAGAGUCAUCACUGACUGACUGAUUGAUUGAUUGAUUGACUGAUUGAUUUUGAGAAGUUAAGGAAGGCCUGAGCUCUUGUGUUUACCCUGCCUCAGCCCCCGAAGUGACACUAUCUAUCAUAUAACCCCUGCUCACAGCCUUUCCCCCAGGCCUCCCAAGGCUCUGCAGAGGGAGAAUUCCAUUUCUAACCUUUGUCCCCAGGCCUGGCAGCUCAUUUGGUGAACAAUCUCCCAACAGUAGCAAAGGGACAGACAUCUCUGUCCAAACAAUCCAACCUCUCCACACAUCCCCCGCUCUGUACUGUCACUGGAACAUUCUGCCAAGUUCCACCUGUCCUGGCUUCAUUUUCCAGGUCAGAUGUUUGACUGCUCUAUCUCUGGCAAAAAAAAAAAGUCAUGCCAGCCAGAGGUCCACUCCUCCCAGGGUCCCUGGUGGCCCGGACAGAGUUGAGGCCACUGCUGUGCAGACCCUGAGCGCUGGAUGUGCGUCCUUCAAGGAGGACCUCCUCCAGCAAUGACUUCCUCCUUGUUCCUGGUUCUUUUGCUCCUGACUCCAGCCACAGUGGCGAACCUCAAAUCUGCUGGUCCAUGUCCAACGUGCUGGGGGGCCACCUUCGACCUGGAGAGCCAGCGGGAGCUGCUUCUCGAUUUGGCCAAGAAAAGUAUCCUGAACAAGCUGCACCUCAGCCAGCGCCCCACCCCGAGUCGGCCUGUGUCCAGAGCGGCCCUGAAGACCGCGCUGCAGCGCCUCCGUGGGCCUCGACGGGAAACCCUGCUGGAGCAUGACCCGACGCAGGAAUAUGAGGUCAUCAGCUUUGCUGAGACAGGCCUCUCCAGCACCAACCGGACGCGUCUGGAUUUCCACUUCUCCGACAGAACUGCCGGUGGCAUGGAAGUUCGGCAGGCCCGCCUCGUGUUCUUUGUGCACCUCCCCUCCAACGCCACCACCCAGGCCGUGAACCUGCAAGUCCUUGGGCCCAGGCCACGUGACACCAACCUCACCUCGCCAAGUCCGCACCGGCUGCGGGUGGAGGGCAGCGGCUGGCACCAGCUCCUCCUGGGGCCCGAGGCUCAGGCUGCUUGCCGUCGGGGGCACCUGACCCUGGAGCUGAGCCCGGAAAGCCGGGCGGCCCACGGUUCAGCCAUCCUGGGCGGGUUUUCGCACAGGCCUUUUGUGUCAGCCCGGGUAAGCGCCGGGGGCCAGCAUCGGCUCCGCCGCCGCCGCCGCCGGGGCAUCGACUGCCAGGGAGGGUCCCGGAUGUGCUGCCGGCGGGAGUUCUUCGUCGACUUCCGCGAGAUCGGCUGGCACGACUGGAUCAUCCAGCCCGAGGGCUACGCCAUGAACUUCUGCACCGGGCAGUGCCCGCUCCACGUGGCCGGCAUGCCGGGCCUCUCGGCCUCCUUCCACACCGCAGUGCUCAAUCUGCUCAAGGCCAACACGGCCGCGGGCACCACCGGAGGGGGCUCGUGCUGCGUGCCCACGGCGCGGCGCCCGCUCUCCCUGCUCUACUACGACAGGGACAGCAACAUCGUCAAGACGGACAUCCCGGACAUGGUGGUAGAGGCCUGCGGGUGCAGCUAGCUCGCCUGUGAUGCCAGCGGCCCGAGGGAGAGCCGGCAGACCUGCCUGGCGAGGACCGCCUUCCUCGGAGGUGGGAGUGACUGGUCCUGUCCUCUCUGUCCACAACGUAACCACCUUCUUUCUAAGCAGGCAGACCGCCAUCUGUUGACCCCAGGGGACCUGCAUCUAAAGAGAGUCGCCCAGGACCACCGGCCUCUCUCUCACUCUCCUGGGCCAUGGUUGACCCAGAACACCCUCAUCCUAGACCCAGAACACCCCCAUAGACCCAGAACACCCUCAUAGACCCAGAACACCCUCAUUCUAGACCCAGAACACCCCUCAUCCUAGACCCAGAACACCCUCAUCCUAGACACAGAACACCCUCAUCCUAGACCCAGAACACCCUCAUAGACCCAGAACACCCUCAUCCUAGACACAGAACACCCUCAUCCUAGACCCAGAACACCCCCAUAGACCCAGAACACCCUCAUCCUAGACACAGAACACCCUCAUCCUAGACCCAGAACACCCUCAUAGACCCAGAACACCCCCAUAGACCCGGAACACCCUCAUCCUAGACCCAGAACACCCUCAUCCUAGACCCAGAACACCCCUCAUAGACCCAGAACACCCUCAUCCUAGACCCAGAACACCCCUCAUAGACCCAGAACACCCCUCAUAGACCCAGAACACCCUCAUCCUAGACCCAGAACACCCUCAUCCUAGACCCAGAACACCCCUCAUAGACCCAGAACACCCCUCAUAGACCCAGAACACCCUCAUCCUAGACCCAGAACACCCUCAUCCUAGACCCAGAACACCCCUCAUAGACCCAGAACACCCCUCAUAGACACAGAACACCCUCAUAGACCCAGGACACCCUCAUCCUAGACCCAGAACACCCUCAUCCUAGACCCAGAACACCCUCAUCCUAGACCCAGAACACCCUCAGCCUAGAUCCAGAACACCCCUCAUAGACCCAGAACACCCCUCAUAGACACAGAACACCCUCAUAGACCCAGGACACCCUCAUCCUAGACCCAGAACACCCCUCAUCCUAGAC